AAAGAGGAGUGUAUGGUGGGGCGGGGAGAAGAACUCUUCAACGAGACGGGAUUGGUGGGAUGACUCGGGGGGGCGGGGCCAGGGUCAUCGGAAGUUUUUCCAGGUGCACGCUAUGGGUACCCUAUCAAAGGCUCCUUACCCAGACUGCUGUCAAGCAGGUUUCAAGAUUCAGGGCGAUGAAGAAGGUGGUGGUGGUCACGGGGGCCAGCAGUGGCAUUGGCUUGGCCCUCUGUGAACGGCUGCUCUCUGAAGAUGAUGGACUUCACCUGUGUUUAGCAUGCAGGAACCUGGGAAAAGCCGAAGCUGCCCGAGUCUCCCUGCUGUCUUCCCACCCCUCGGCGGAGAUCACACUCAUUCAGAUAGAUGUUAGUAACCUGCGGUCUGUGUUUCAGGCCUCAAGAGAACUCAAACGAAGGUUUGAGCGUCUAGACUACUUCUAUAUGAAUGCUGGGAUUAUGCCAAAUCCACAGUUGAAUUUAAAAGCACUUUUUUCUGGCCUCUUCUCAAGAAAAGUAUUUCAUAUGUUCGCCACAGCCGAAGGCCUAUUGACCCAGGAUGACAGGGUCACUGCCGAUGGACUACAGGAGGUGUUUGAAACCAAUGUUUUCGGCCACUUUAUUCUGAUUCGGGAGCUGGAGCCUCUUCUUUGUCAUCCUGACAUUCCAUCUCAGGUCAUCUGGACGUCUUCCAGCAAUGCCAAAGAAUCUAAUUUCAGCCUAGAAGAUUUCCAGCACGUCAAAGGCCGUGAACCCUACAGUUCUUCUAAAUAUGCCACUGACCUUCUGAGUCUGGCUUUGAACAGGAAUUUUAACCAACAGGGCCUCUACUCCAGUGUGGUGUGCCCAGGGUUUGUGCUGACCAAUCUGACAUACGGAAUUCUGCCACCUUUCAUCUGGACACUAUUGGCUCCAAUUAUAUUUUUGCUGCGCUUUUUUGUAAAGUCUUUAACAGUUACACCUUACAAUGGAGCAGAAGCCUUGUUAUGGCUUUUCCGACAAAAGCCUGAGUUUCUCAAUCCCUUGACCAAAUAUCACAGUGCUACCACGGGUCUUGGAAACAAUUAUGUAAACCCUCAGAAGAUGGAUCUGGAUGAAGAGACUGCUGAAAAAUUUUACCAAAGCUUGCUGGACCUGGAAAAGCGCUUUGGGGCCGUCAGAGCCGAGUCACUGGAGAGCAGGAGGCAAAAAGGAAUUGCUUAGAACCAUCAAGUGCUUUCAUUCUUUUGGGUGAUGUGCGUUUGUAGAACAGCCUCGGGAGGGUCUCGUCUCCUCCCUGGUGUGUGUGUGUGUGCGUGUAUGUGUGUGUGUGUGUAUACAUAUGUGUCCUAUAAAAGAGAGGGGGAAAAACUCGCUUCUGAAACAUCCAGUUAGAAACAACACCUUUGUCAUUUCUAUCACUGCUUCUAAUUAUAGCCUUGAGAGUUGGCCUCUAUAUUAUUACUCUGCCUUAUUUCUCCCUCAUAACGUGGUUACACUGUGUGUGACAUCCCAUCUCUUAGAAAGGAAAGGGUGUUUUGUGAUUUAAAUAAAUAGGCAACCAUCAUUUGUAGCGUUAAAGUAUUCUGUAGCUGAAACUUAGGACCAAAGCAAGCCUCACUGGACAGGUCUUCUACUUCUCCUUUGUGUGGGGAGUGGGGAGACUAGGUGUCCUUGUCUUGCCUGGACUAGAAGGACCAUGGCCGCUCAUGAGCUCAGGCCCCAUGCUGAUUGGUGUGGAAGUUUUAACGUGUUCUGUUUAUCCAUCCUGGACCAGUUCAUCCUCCCUUGGGCAGCCCCUGAGGACCCAGCUCAGGCACCCUCUUAGCUUUAGUCCUUCUUUGGUCCAGAGGCCCUCAAUUCAAGCAGUCCUCCAGUCCCAAACUUCUUAGUAGCAGGGGUUAGAGUCCUGCACAAGCAGGUGUGGCUCCAUCCCCCUCAACUAAGGAGAGUGUGUUACCCUGUAAAAUUUAAGAUCAAGACAAAGGUCUGGAUUCUGCCGGCUGUUAACGUCGUCUUCCUGGGAAAAUCACUUCACUUAUCAUGAGUCUGAUUUCCAGCCAGUGAAAGAGGAGUUAACUUCCCUCCCUUUUUGUCAUGAGUCUCCAGUGCGUUGACGUGUUCCAAAUAAAACUAACUUGUUUGGGUAUGAGCUGUUCUAGAAACACUGUAAUUCUUGGGGAUGAUCAAAAUAAAGUUUUCACAUGAAGUUAACGGGUCA